AUGACACUCAACACUCUUGGUCGUUUGGCCAUUGACCUUUUGGCAGCUGCUGGUCAGACAACUGCCUUCUUUCGUUUGCCAUGCGCCGCGCCAAUUGUGAUCGAGCGAGCUGACCCCGUUAUUUCGCCUGGUCAAGUCUCGAGUCACGUUCACACCAUUAUGGGUGGGAAUGGGUUUGGUUUUGAGAUGAACUUUGCAUCGACACAGAAGUCCACCUGCUCUUCGUGCACUGUGAUCGAGGACAAAUCUAAUUACUGGGUUCCUACUCUUUACUACAAGACCAAAGAUGGAAAGUUCACCGAGGUCACCCAAACAGGAGGCGCGACAAUCUAUUAUCUGCAACGAAGUGAUCCCAAGGACCCCGAACCAGGCCUCGUCGCAUUUCCUAACGAGUUCCGCAUGGUGGCCGGCAAUACUUUCCUUCGAAGCUAUGCCGACACUGUAGAGGCGAGAGCUAUUACCUUUGCCUGUCUAGGUACCAAUACCCCAGAAACACACGGCUUGCCUAACAUCAAAUGUCCGAAUGACCUUCGCGCGCAAGUCUUCUUCCCUUCGUGUUGGAACGGAAAAGACUUUGAUACCAAAGACCAUAAAUCUCAUGUGGCUUACCCGUCAGGUGUCACAACUGGCCCAUGCCCGAAGGAGUUCCCAAAGCGCUUUAUCUCGAUCUUCUACGAGAUUAUCUUCAACACGCCCAAUUUCGAAUGGUACAGCGAUCAACAACCAUUUGUCCUUUCGAACGGAGAUCCAACUGGUUAUGGAUUCCAUACUGACUUCGUUAAUGGCUGGAAGGAGGGCGUGCUUCAAAAGGCCAUCAAUGACUGUACCGACGACUCUGGCGUUAUCGAGAAAUGCAAGCACUUCAGUUUCGUGACAAAUGAAGAUGCUCGAUCGUGCCGUGUUCCGGCAUCCGUAGCUGAGAAAACAUCUGGCACAGUUGACACGCUUCCUGGUUGCAACGCAGUGCAGGCUGGUCCGGAGCCUGCCAAACCACUAUCUAAUUGUGGAGCAACAACCAGCAUUAGCAAACCACAGUUCCCAUUCACUGACCAAACCAAGACCAAGGGGUUUGCAUAUAUCGGUUGCGGGCUUGACCCAGGCGGACAACCUAGAACUUUGAAGGGCGCAAAAGACGAGCGGAAUACCAUGACCAUCGAGUCGUGUAUCGAUUUCUGCGUUUCGAAGGGGUUCAAUGUCGCCGGUGAUUUCUACCGACCCGCAUCAGUCCGUGUUCUCCAUUGA